AAUUUCAUUUUUUUGUUUUGGUUUAUUUUCUGUUUCAUUUAAAUGUUUUUCUCUUUUAAUUUAAUUGUUUAACUUUAUUUUACUUUGGUAUUUGUUGAAAUUUAUACUUUUCACAUUAGAUGGAAGAUCGGAUUAAAUUUGAUUCGAAAGAAAUUUUCAAUUCUUUCAAUUCAAAUGUCGGAGAUUUAACAUCUUUCCUCAGACCUGAUGAUCAAAGAGUGAACAAUUUUCGACAGUUGACUAGUAAAUUGUUUGAAUGUUUAAAAGACAAUUCUGGUGUUGGGAUUAAAGCUCUGGUUACAAAAGGAUUUGAUGAAGAGCAGAUUUGGGCUCAAAUCGAACAGGACAAUCAAGCCUUUUUGAAAAAUCUCGAUGAUGAUGUUUCUAAGUUAACUAUCGCAUCUAAACAGCAAGUGAAAAAAUCCAAAAAGAAGAUACCAGCUCAAUUUAGGAUCGAUGAAGAGGAUGAAGAUGAUCUAGAUUUUGAUGAUGAAAAAUUUGAUGAAGAUGAUGACGAAAACGAAGAUGAUGCUGAUGAUGAUGAAGAAGAGGAAGAGGAGGAAGAUGGAGAAGAAGACGAGGAUUUUGCUGAUGUAGAAGAUGAAGACAUUGAAGGUGAUGACACUGAUUUCGCUAACCUUUUGGGACCCGCAAGUUCAGAUGAAGAUGAUGAUAUUGAUAACCUGUUAGGACCUAGAGAAAUUGCUGCUCGAAAUUCAGGUUUAUCUACUUUUGAAAAAGAACAGCAGUUAUUAAAAGAACGAAUUGCAAAACUAGAAGACGAUAAUUUGUCAGCUAAACCGUGGAAAUUAACUGGUGAAGUGACAGCCGAUAAAAGGCCGUCAAACAGUUUACUCGAAGAUCACUUGCAAUAUGAUUUUGUUUCUCGUCCAGCGCCAAUAAUUGACAAAGAUGUUGCCGAGAGUAUAGAGAAUUUAAUCAAACAACGAAUUAAAGAUGGAAUCUGGGACGAUGUGGAACGUAAAGUGAAACCCAAUGAGAAACCAUUCGAAUACAAGAGACGAUUAAUUCUCGACCAAGAGAAAAGUAAAGUGGGUCUUGGUGAAAUCUACGAGAAAGAUUAUCUUCAAAAAACAACCGAGGAAAAAGUUGAACAAGAAAAUGAAACACAUAAAGAAGUUCGCAAAUUAAUGGCCUCCGUUUUCCUACAAUUAGAUGCACUUUCAAGUUACCACUUUACUCCCAAACCACCAGAACCCGAAAUCAAGAUUAUCCGAAACUUACCCGCUAUUACAGCGGAAGAGGCAAUUCCAGUGUCCGUGGGUGAAGGUACUCUCCUUGCUCCCGAAGAGAUCAAGGAAAAACCAAAGAGACCAAUUAAGGGAGACACAGAAAAAGAUUCAACUGAUCGUAAACAUGAUCGUCGCGUUAAAAAACACCGACAGAAAGUAAUUGCUGCCAGAAAGAGUAAAAAUCAACCUUCGAGUAAAAUUACAUCACAAAAUAGCCAAAAACAGGCUGAAAAAAUCGAGAAGACAAAGAAUAUCAAACAAUUUUCAAUUUCACAAUUGAAAACUUAAUUAAGACAAUUAACUUAAUUUGAUCAAUAAAAUAUAUUUACAUAAGAAUAUAA